GAUCGUGGUAACGUCGAUGAAACUUAUAAUCUAUUUCUCUCAAAAAUUGUAAACAGAUUAGAACUUCGCCGAAUUUAAUGCGCAAUGUCACCGUUUAUGCGUUACAUUACAUUGAUAAGUAUCUUCGUGCUUUGGACAAAUGGGAUGGAUAGUGAGAAGUUUGCACAUAGAGAAUGGUGGGAAAACACAUUAAUUUAUCAGAUCUGGCCUAGAGGAUUUCAAGAUAGUGAUGGCGAUGGUGAGGGCGAUCUAAAGGGUAUUAUUAGUCGACUCGAUUACAUCAAGGAUCUUGGAAUCGAAACGAUUUGGUUGAAUCCCGUUUAUACUUCACCAUUAGUCGAUUCUGGAUAUGACGUUUCCAAUUAUACGGACAUAGAUCCUCUUUUUGGGAAUUUAUAUGACUUCGAUAAUUUAGUGCAAGAGGCACACAAUCGAGGAUUGAAAGUCAUUCUGGAUAUUAUUCCCAAUCAUUCCAGCGAUCAGCACUUGUGGUUUCAGUUGUCGGCAAAAUCUUUCGACCCAUAUACUGAUUAUUACAUCUGGAGCAAUGGUAGCAUCGAUAAAAACGGCGAUCAUAUUCCACCAAAUAAUUGGAUAAGCACAUACAGCGACGAAGAAGGCUCUGCAUGGACAUGGCACGAUGGAAGACAACAAUGGUAUUAUCAUAAAUUUCAUAGCUGUCAACCAGAUCUUAAUCUGAGAAACGAGGAAGUGAUCCAAGAAUUAAUGGAUAUAUUUGACUUUUGGUUGGAAAGAAAUGUCGAUGGUUUUCGAAUUAGUGCAGUGCCUUAUUUUUUCGAAGACGAAGCCUUAAGAAAUGAAUCCCUUGCGGGAAAGGGUACUUAUACUUUUGGUCUUCCUGAAAGCACCGCUCUUCUUUAUGUAUUUCGUGAAUAUAUCGAUAAUUGGGUAUCGAGAAAUAAUGCCAUAUCAAAAUUGUUAAUCGCGGAAUCAUAUGAUACUUCUGAUGAUAAUUUAUUGGCGUAUUACGGCAACGACACGCACAAAGGAAUCGCGCCGUUCAAUUUUAAAUUUAUCACAUAUAUUCAUAACACCAGCGAUGCCGGUUAUAUUAAGCACAUCUUGGAGAAGUGGCUUAGACAUCUUCCAGAAAACGCCAAGACCAAUUGGGUGCUUUCAAAUCAUGAUAAUUCAAGAGUAACUUCGAGAAUCGGACUCAACCGAAUUGACGGUCUUCACAUGCUCAUUCUUCUAUUGCCCGGACAAGCGUACACGUACUACGGUGAAGAAAUAGGCAUGUUGGAAACGAAAAUAUUUUGGAACAGGACCAUCGAUCCUAUGGGUUGUGCCAGAGGCACAAACGAAUACGAAUAUUUUUCAAGAGAUCCAGCGAGGACUCCUAUGCAAUGGAGUUUCGAAAAUUCAGGUGGUUUCUCCAUAAAUGAAACCACUUAUCUUCCUAUUCAUCCUGAUUAUGUUUAUAGAAAUGUAGAAAUUCAACAAAGUAAUAGUAGAAGCAUUUUGAAGACGUACAAGAAGCUGGCUAAUCUGAGGAAAGACCCAGUGUUUACAGAUGGAGCUUACGAAUUUGCAAGUUUGAAUAAUGACCGGGUGUUGGUGAUAAAAAGGUCUUUGAAAGAUUAUCCAGUAUAUAUUAUUGUCAUUAAUUUGGGUCUACGGCCAGAGAAAGUUAAUUUGACAUCAAUUUAUGCUAAUUUAAGAAAUGUUCUGAAUGUGAUUGUGACUUCUAGCAAUGCAAUUCGCGUCACAGGUACUGUUUCACGGGACAGUUUUAUAUUGACAGCAAAUGCUGCGCUUGUAUUAAAAGACGAAAAACAAGAACAAACCACAAGUAAUAACUCUACCACCGAGACUACAACUAAGGUGUCCAGUUCUACUGAAAAUUCUAAAAACAAAAGUACGACAGAAAAAGGAGAGACCAUAACAGAAAAAACUCCAUCACCAAAGAAUGAUCCUGAUGGGGCAAUGUUGAGUUGCGCACCUGCAUUCUUGUUAAUAAUAAGCAGCAUUGUGGUAUCAUGCAAAUUUUAAAAAUAAUAUAGAG